AAUUAAAUCCCGGAAAGAAAAAUAGAUAAAAAAUUUCAAAUCGGCAAAUGCACAUGAAAUUGCAUAAAAACAUUUAAAUAUUUAAAUUGAAACAAAAAUGACCACCAAAGAAAUUGACCGAGUGGACGUGGUGGAUCUGUUUCGAAGCAAGAAUUACUUGAAGAUUUCGGCUCCCAUGGUACGCUACAGCAAACUGCCGUUCCGCAAGUUGGUCCGGAAGUACGAUUGUGACCUAUGUUUCACGCCCAUGAUCAUGGCAGACUCUUUUGUGGCAUCUGAAGUUGCUCGAUGGAACGAAUUUGUGACGGACAACAGUGACCGGCCUUUGAUUGCCCAGUUUGCAGCCAAAACGGUGGACGAUUUUGUCACUGCGGCAGAAUUGGUGCACCCAUUCUGCGACGGCAUUGACCUAAACUGCGGCUGUCCGCAGAGGUGGGCCAUGCAGGACGGCUACGGUGCCAGAAUGCUACGGUCUCCUGAACUAAUCUGCGACCUAGUUAAGCAGGUUCGAAUGCGCCUCCCGCAGCCAUUCUCAGUCUCCGUCAAAAUUCGACUAGAGAAAAACCGCCAGCUGAGUGUCGAGCUAUGUAGACAACUGCAGAAGUGCGGCGUCACAUUUGUCUCUGUCCAUGGACGCACAGCUGCAGAACGGAAGCAGGCUGCUGACCACGAGUCCAUUGGACUGAUAGCCUCUGCCUGUCCGGGACUUCCAAUUGUGGCCAACGGUGACGUCACCAGUCUGGAAAUUGCGGACAGUGUUAUUGAGAAGACCAAGUGUGCAGGAGUGAUGAGUGCCAGGGGUCUUCUGCAGAAUCCGGCCCUUUAUGCUGGAUUUGACAGGACACCUCUGGAGUGUGUAAGAGACUGGUUUGACCUUGCAGUGCCCACCGGACUUUCGUAUGGGUGCUUGCACAGGCACUUGGAGAUGAUGUUGGAGGAGCAGUUGUCUGCUGCGGAUAAAAGGCUCUUGCACUGCAUGAACUGUCUUCCGGCGCUGCUGGAAUUCAUGCAGGAAAAGUUUCCUGAUCAUUUUUUGGCUUAGUUCGUGUGCAUUUUCCUUUUUGGGAACUGGAGAGGAGGAGGAAGAAGAGGAGGAGGAGGAUGACACUUGGGAUGACACUGUUUUGAUCAAAGCGUACGACAAAGCUGUGGGUAUGGCCAUGGAAGAGGUGCAACGGAGGAUGGAGCAGGGACAGAUGGAAAAC